AUGCCUAUGUAUAACCCUGAUGGUAAUAAUCCUGAAGGAUACACAUAUUGGUCGUAUGGUACAACUUAUAAUUCACUGAUGAUUGAUAACAUUAUAAAAAAUUUUGGAAAAGAUUUUGGUCUUAUGGAUAUGUCUGGGUUCAAAACUACUCCUAAUUUUAUUCAUUACAUGGUUGGAACGAUUGAACAAUCAUUUAAUUACGGAGAUGCAGAAAUUGAUAUGGAAUUAUUCCCAAUUCUUUAUUGGUUUGCUUAUAAACUCAAAGAUGUCAACAUGAUAUUCGAAACACAAUCUUGGCUACGAAGGAUACGAAUUAGUCCUCACAGAUUAAACCCAAUAAUUUUAAUUUUCGGUUCACGAAUGAAACUCAGCGAAUCCAGUGAGCCAACAAGCAAAUUCUAUUAUGGUAGAGGCACUUGCCCUGUCUUCCUCGCUAAAACAAACUGGACAAAAGGAAAUGGAUUUUAUUUAGCGAUGAAAGGUGGAUCUUCCAACUUAAGCCACUCGCACCAAGAUGCAGGAUCAUUCAUAUUUGAAGCUAAUGGUGUCAGAUGGGCUUCAGACCUUGGAAUUCAAGAUUAUGAUCAAUUAAAUAGGGAUGGAGUCAAAAUUUCCAAUUUUGGACAACAGUCUGAACGAUGGACAGUCUUCAGGUUUAUGAGUAUUGGUCAUAAUACAUUAACAGUUGACAAUGAUUUACAUAAUGUUGCCGGAUACGUCGGAUUCACGCAAACAUUUGAAGAUGAUAAUAAACUCGGUGGACAAAUGAAUAUGGUUGACUUAUUCUUUGGAAAACUAUCGAAAUCUUUAAGAACUGUUUUAUUAUUAAAUAAUGAAUACCUUGAAGUGACUGAUGACAUUGUUUGUGGCGAUACAGCAGUUUUAGUUACAUGGACAAUGAUAACUCCAACGUCAGAUGCCACUGUAAUCAGUACAAAUCAAGUUCGAAUUGGAAAUGGACAAAAAUCAUUACUUUUGACUGUUGAAAGUCCUUCAGAUGCAACUCUUUCCGUUACAAAUAAUGAUCCGAUCCAUGACUAUGAUGCAGAAAAUCCAAAUACAAAGAGAAUUCUAAUCAAAGUAAAUUAUGCUGCUAAUGAAGAAAAACAAAUCAAAGUAACAUUGAAACAACAAUAA